CUAGUGGUUAGGAUACCUGCUUGUCAUUCUUUGGCAGAGUUCGAUUCGCAGGUGGCCGGGGUUCAAUUCCCCGAUCGAGAGAUUCAUGUAGUUCUAUUUUUAUUGUUUGUUAUUCCUCUUCUAUUUGCGCCCAUGUAUCCGAGGACAGCUUAUGGUUUAGCCUCACGCAGAUUCCUCUAUCGGCUGGUUAGAAAGAGAUUAUUCAAUUCGUCACUGUCCUCGGCCGAUGAUAUGGUAUGUUCGGUAACUAGCACUCGCAAUUCUGUUAUUUCAAUAGAAUCGGCGGUGAAAUUACAUUAUAAAACAAGAACGCUAACUGCCAUAUUGUAUAAUCAAAACCUCCUUUUCCUCCAAUGCGUUGCAUUCUAUUCCAAAAAAUCCACGGUUUUUCAGCCUGUAUGUGGUGUCACCAUUCAUGCCACCGGACGUGACUGGUAUCGACAACUAUUUAGGGGAUUCGUUCGGAACUACGUAUUCCGAGCAUAUCGAAGGGGGGUUCGUGUUACUGAAUACUGAUCCAAAGCUACCUCGGAAUAUCGCUGGGCUCUACAGUUCAAGGUCGAUUGUAAUCCUCAGUCCAGUCACUCCAUGUAGUAACAGCUACAUUGGUGUAAAUCGCAUCGUAGAAGUGCCGACUACUUUACGAACGGGCUGCGUUGGUCGUAGCAAGUCAUGGCUCCUAUAACUCGACCGUCAAGCAUCGCAGCUCUCGUUAUCAUCAUAAUCGCCGCAUCAGCACCGGCCUUGUACCGAUCCGCUCUCCCAUAUCUCACAUCCCUAUCCCCACAUCUUGUCUCGUACUCCUCAUCGAUCUUAAAGACCUUCGGUCGAGAUGUUGAACAAGCGUCAUCGUCAUCGUCAUCCUUCAGCUGUAUUCAGCAUACAUACACAACCGAAAUCAUAUCCCUCGACCCCCUUCUCAUCUAUAUCGACUCGUUUCUUGCCCCUGCCGAAGUCGAGGCCCUGCUAGAAGCUGGUGAGCUCGAAUUCGCCCCUUCUCGUGUCUAUAAGCGAGGCCGCAACCAGGGCACGUCGGAUCGCACUUCCUCCUCUGCCGGUCUACCGCGCGACAACCCGGCCGUGCAAUGUGUGUUAGAGCGGGCCGAGGGCUUCCUCGGCACGAUGCUAGAUCCUUCCCGGGACGACAUUGGCCCGCCGCAAUUGGUACGUUAUACGGCCGGCCAACGCUUCAAUAGGCACCGUGACUGGUACGAGCGCCCGCAACCUGCGCGGAAGGGCAUGGGGCGCGGGAAGAGCUGGAACCGCAUCGCUAGCUUCUUUGCCAUCCUGCAAGACCAAUGCACCGGCGGCGAGACGUGGUUCCCGCUCAUUAAUACUACCGUCCCCUCGAAGGCCGACGGGAAGGGGCGCCGAUUCUGGAAAACGCACGAGGACGGGGGCUUGGCGUUUAGGCCUGUGGCUGGCAACGCGCUUUUCUGGGUCAAUUUAUUCGCGAACGGCACGGGUGAUGAUCGGACUAUCCAUGCCGGCUUGCCGGUAGAAGAGGGCUUGAAGACUGCUAUGAACAUCUGGCCGCGUAAAUUUUAUGGCUGAGAAAUGGGAACGUUCGGAUUUAAACGGAAAUAGUUUCUAAUGCGAUUACAGUAUUAAUCGAUUGGGGGAUUUCGCUAGGCAGGCCUGAAAGAAAGUUGAGAUGUCUCUUG